GAUUGCUCGAAAUGUAACCGAUGGCGCCUCCUUUGCAAAGAGGCAAAAUUAGGGCCCUUAUGGAAGAAGGGUUAGUAGUUUCUCGGGUCCAAGGCGCGGAUUCUAACAUUCACAAGAAACUAAAGCUGGACAGGACUACUGGCAGGUAGGAGAUAGAGACAAUGGAGGAUGGUUUUCUGUUGAUCAGCUGGGAGAAAGGAGAGUAAGCACUGCACAUCUCAGGAUGUUCUUUCUAUUCAUGGCCUGCAGGACUGAAGACAAUUAGCUUUCCUGGGAACAUGGCUUUCAGAAAUGUGAACAGAAAGAGACAUAUUGGUCUGCAACAACUUUCAGCUUUGGCUUCCACUGGACGGACACUUUUAGGACCCAUGAAAUUGUCCAAAUUUAUAGUUGAUGAAAGUAUUCCUGGUGGUGUGUUGAUUUGCUCUCCACUAAGACUUCUUGAAAACAUGGACUUAAACAGUGCGGUGGGGCAGCUUCUUAAUGAAGCCAUCCAAGCACAGAACAAAGAUUAUAAAACAGGGAUGACUACUCUGCUCUUUCUCGUUGGUGCAUGGAGCAAUGCUGUACUUGAGUGCCUUCAACAUGAUGUUCCACUUUCACUCAUAGUAGCUAUAAUGUCUGAAAGUCUGGAUUCUUGCAUUGAACAAGUGCAGUCUAUUACAUUAUCACUACACAACAUACAGCAAAAGCUAAAGGAUAUUCCUAUAGAAUGCGAUGACUUGAGUCUUAUCAACAAUAGCUCUAGCCCCUCUGGAAGGCAGUUUACAGACAUUAAGAAAACAGGUAGCAAGUCUGGCACUAGUAUUUUAAAUUUGCUUAAAAAUGAAUUAUCAGAAGAAAAAUCAGAAGAUCAUAUGAUCGAGCAAAUAAAUGAUAUCAGUCCAGGCACCCCCAUCAUCAACAGUACGAAAUGUUUACUAUCUGAGUCAAUGAGCAGCAAUUUUGUUUUCAGUGUUUGCAAGACAAUGAUUCAGAAAAACUCUGAUUUGCAUAAUUGUCAUUUGGAUGUAUUGACUUAUAACACAAGAUCAAAAUUAACCCACAGUAGAUACUUUAGCUAUGUAAAUAAAUGUCAGUCAGCACAACGAACAAUACAUCUGGAUGGAUGCCCAAAACCUUUUGACAAGUUCAGUUAUUUGGAACAACUAGCGUUUUCUCUUAGCCAUGGAAAUGAAUCUGCCACAAAACUGAUACAGGACAUUCUCAGAUGCCAGCUUCCAGGUGCCAAUCAAAAAACUGAUACCUGUCCUUUCCAAUUUAAUAUUUCAGAAAUUGUGACAUGCUGUUUAUCAGGAAUAUGUGAAAGUCAUUCGUGUGUUUACCCUGGCUUUAUCACGCUUGUAUGUCCAGCAAAAGCUGCUUCUAUGAAGCAAUUUCAGGAUAUGCCUAUUCGUGUUAUCCUUAUAGAUGGUGAUCUAACUGAAACUUGUCACCAUUUAGGGUUUAACAGGUUAGAGAAUAUGAGCAUAUUUUCAGAAAAUAUGUCUCAUUCAAAGAAAAGCUCAAGCUUAUGGGUUGAUUCUAUAAUAGACAUUCUGAUUCAGUCUAAUAUUAAUUUAAUUUUGGUACAUGGUGACACGUGUGAAAUUCUAGAAGAAAAAUGUCUCCUACAUAAAAUAGUGAUAAUUAAUCAUGUGGACCAUAAUGUGUUGAUAGCUUUUAGUAAUAUUAUGAGAGCUGAGAUAGUGACUUAUAUCAGUCAAGUGAAUGAGGAUUGCAUUGUCAAAGGCAUAUGCGUGAAUCUCUAUGGAACUCUGGAAUUAAAUUUGGUGGAGGUCAAUGGCCAAAUCCCACUUGCUUUAACAGCAGAAGGACUUCGAUUGGUAACAGUUGUGCUCUGUUGCCCUUUUAUGUCAAAGAUGCAAGCCAUGGAAGAUCAGUUUUGGACCUGUGCAUAUCGUCUGCAUCAUGCACUUCUUGAUCAGGCUGUUUUUCCAGGAGGUGGUGCAGUUGAGCUCCUAUGCCUCAGUUUUCUUGAAAAACUAGAAAAAACAAUCCAAAACUCUACAAGCCAGCUUCAUUUUGCCUCUUCCUGGUUUACAAAAUCUUCAGAACAAUAUAAAUCAUUGGUACUUAGUGUUUUGGCAAGUGGUUGGCGCCAGUACCUUUUUGCUGUCAUGGGUAAUGUAGCAAAUUGUACAUCAGAGUUUGAAACCAGCACUGUCAUACAGCAGCAUCUCAGAAGAGCAGCCAUGUAUGGUUCACCAUCAGCCUACAUCUUGGAGGAAUUUAGGAAGGGAAAGAUAGGAAUAACCACUGAACAUUCUAUUAUAAGUGGAAGGGCUUUGAAAGUGUGUGACAAUAUUACUGCUAAGAUGGAAGCUUGGCGCAGAGCUCUACAAUUGGUGCUCUUGGUCCUUCAGACUGAUGCUGAAAUUAUUGCAGGCCCAAAGAAGGAUGAAUUGUUGAAAUCACAAGACUCAGGUGACUUCCUGUUUUUAUAGCACUCUGUUGCUGUUAAUGGUUAAUGAACACUAUUAAUAGCUAUUAAUAGUAUUUGUGGGCAAAAUCAGGAGCAAAAAUAUCUCUGAAAAUUCAGUCCAGAAUUAUGGAACCUUUGUUUCAAAAAACAAAGUUCACCCUCAGGGAAUGAAUUCAGUUCGUGAAAGACUCAUUUCCAUUAUUUCAGUAUAAAUUGUAACUCUGGUUUGCUUAAACCCCUUUAAUUCUAUGAAAAUUUUGUCUUAUCAAACAGAAAUAUUAAAGAGCUCAACUGCAUAGAAAAGGUACUUUUAAAAGCAAUGUUUGUAUCAACAUGUUCAUUACAUUUGUUUUAAUAAAUGCUUUUUGAGCAUUUACAUUUAGAAUGUAAAACAAGGUUUUUAAAAUGGUUGCAUGUACAGAAUGUGCAUAAGCAAUAAGCUCUGAAAAGUAAUAUUUUAAAUAUCAGAAAUUAUACUUCAUUUUUUCUCUUCUGUUUUGACUUAAAAUUUUUGAGGUUAUUGCUGUUCUGAAAAUCUGUAUGUAUAGACAAUCUCUUAUACAGACCCAGUUUCAAGUCUGAGAGGACUUUCUAGAAACCUGUAGUAUAGUAAGGCAGACUUACAUAGCCUGAGCUAUUGCAACAGUAUUCAACUUCUGAAUCUAGCUAAUUUUCUUUUCUCAUACUCUCCUAAUGUGCUCACUGUAGGGCACUAUGAUGGUAUCUAAAUGACAUCAAGAUCAGCAAGAGAUGUGAGGGCAUGCCUUCCCCCCCCCCAAAAAAAAAACUCUGACAAUUUUAGAAAGAAAAAAGGGGGAAAUAGAUAUUCUCCACUCUCCCCCAUUUUCCCUUUGGAUUUUGUAUACAUUUUUCUUUAUUUGGUGUACUUAGACUCUGCUGGCUAUGGCUGAUUUGAU